GUUUCAUGAAAUUUGUUUCUUUUUAAUUGUGUUUUCUUUACUCAAUUUGUUUUCCUUUUCAGAGCAGACGGCGGCAUGUUCAUCCUGGCAGAUACGAUAAUUUGAUGUAAUAGGGCUGAAUUGAUAGCAAAUGCCACAACUAGAACGGUUACACAGUUUUACAUACAUUUGCAGAACCCAACGUGUUUCAGCAGUUAAAAUGAAUUUGGUAAACAGGCCAAUAUUAUAAGAAAAUAUUACUGAAGGUUGUGGAAUCCUUGUGAGAGGUCUUUAUUCAGCAGUGGAAGGCAUUUGACUGAAACAACAAUUACUGAAAGGUUAAUAACAAGAUUUUAAAAUUACACCAGCAAAUUGAUGGAUGGUUUCCCAAAGUCGAGGACCUCUAGUCUUCAGGGCGAAUGUAAUGUGGCUAUGCUGGGAUAUUAUUUAGGUUGUUCAGAAGGAAUAUGAUGAGAUACUAUCUGCCAAAAGAUUCCAACAGUUAUAGCAAUUUUCAGAAAUACAAAUGAUAAUAUUUCUUGUUAUUGGAGGACCAUUUUUUAGAGCAUGCAUGACACAAAACUCAAUACAAAAUAAAAAGAAAUCGCGGAAGAAAAGGCGAAGCAGAUAUUAUAUCUUUAGGAUCAAGCUUAGAAAAAUAUAAAAAAUGGAUCAAUGAUACAUCAAGGCACCAUAAUUACCCACACAAGUUUACUUCUGGAGAUCAAUAAAUCCUACAUCAAGCAGACUACAAAAUAUUCGUGGUGUGACAUGAUACAGAAAUCACAACAGAAGAAAGGAACAGAACAGCCAUAUUUAGAGCUGCGAGAUCCUACGCAUGGGCGAGAUCAUUGCCAUAUUCUUCCAGGAAUCUCAUCAUUCAUUACAGGUUACAUCAUCAUCAUAAACCUGAUAGCUCUUGGCAGACACCGAUACAACCUGAUUUUGUUUAUUGAAAUGUUAUGUUAUAAUUUAUCUUUUGAAAUAAAUUAAUAUUAAUUA